ACUAUGAUAACAAGAUAUGUGUUAUCACGUGCUUAGAAUGAUAUAUAUAGUGAAUUAGUUUACAUAGUUUCGUAAUUUGUUUGCGUAUCUUAUUUGUAUUAAUACAGUUGAAUUCUUUUUUAAUAUUAAGUUACUUUCUUAUAAAAUUUUUUUUCCCAUAACUUAUCUAAGAGUUUAUUGUAGUUACUGAUAUAUUUUAAAAUGCAAAACUGGUUAGAAUUUCAAACUGUUAUAAUGGCUGCAGGGAAAGGAUCACGAAUACCAGAAAUGACAGUCACGAAACCCAAAUGUUUAUUACCAGUCGGUAAUAAACCAAUGAUCUACUAUCCCUUAAAACUACUUGAAAGUUCUGGAUUCAAAGAAACAAAAAUUAUUGUACCAGACAGUUAUUCCAGUGAUAUACAAGAAGAAGUAGAUCGACUUGGUUUAGAAAUGAGUAUUAAUUUUGUUCCGAUUCCAUCAGAUGAUGAUUGGGGAACGGCAGACUCUUUAAGACACAUAGCUGAUUAUAUCACAACCGAUAUAAUUGUUUUGAGCUGUGACUUCAUAACUGAUACUGAUUUACAUGAAGUACUGAACCUGUAUAGAAAACACAAUGCUUCAUUAGUGUCUUUAUACUUUUCACCAUUACAAAAUGAAAAACAUGAUUUUGUUAUACCCGGGCCCAAAUCAAAAAAUAAAAUAGAAAAAGAUAUAAUUGGGUAUGAUUCAAAAACAAAUAGAAUUCUAUUGAUGGCAUCAGCUUCAGAUUUUGAAGAAACUAUGCCAUUAAGUAAAGCAUUGUUAAAUAAAUGUUCUAACAUUAGACUUAGCUCCAAAUUAUUAGAUGCUCAUUUAUAUAUUAUGAAACGAUGGAUAAUAAAUUAUCUUGUUAGCGAUAAGAACAUGUCAACUUUAAAAGGUGAGCUGCUUCCAUUUGUUGUAAAAAAACAAUUAUCCAAGCAAAGCACUUAUAGAAAAAAUUCAAAUGAAAUAAACCAUGAUGAUAAUGAUGAUGUAAAAACAAAUAUUUUUACAAUGUCAAGAGAAUCCAAUAUUGAAUAUAAUAUUCAUUCAAUGACUUUUUUAAAAAAUACAAUCAAUUCAGAAGACCUAAUUAAAUGUUAUGCAUAUAUAAUGGACUCUAACAUUGGCAUGCGAGCUAACACAUUAUAUGAUUAUUAUAAAAUUAAUAAAAUUAUAUCUAAAUUAAGUAUAGACAUAGGUAAUGAAAAAGACAAAAUAUCUUCCGAAGCCGAUAUUUUGUCUAAUCAGUUAGAUAAGGAAUCAUGUUUUGUUGGUCCAAAUACUAAAAUAAUGGAAAAAACGUCUAUAAAAAAUAGUAGUAUAGGUGCACGAUGUACAAUUAAUUCAAAAACAAGAUUAACUGACUGUAUUUUGAUGAAUGGAGUCAUAAUUGAAGAGAGAUGUGUACUUCAUAAUUGUAUAAUAUGUCAUGAUGCUAUCAUCAGUGCUGGAUGUGAGCUUAAAGAUUGUUUAAUUAGUGGAAACUUUAAAGUCCCUCCUGGAGGGAAACAUUACAAUGAAGUUCUUACUGCUAUGGACAGAUUAAUGGAAAUCUAAGUUUAACACAACUAUUUGAUUAUGUAUAUAUGUGUGUAUUUAUAAAUACAUUAAUUUAUAUUAAAUUUACAUUAA